UUCAAAUAUUUACUAUGGUUUGUGCAUAUCUUCUACCACUUCAGCAUGCCAUAACAAACAAUUCACUGUUUGAAAUUGCACUAUUUAUGUUUUUGUAUUUUGACAUUUACAUUUUCCAAAUAUACUCAGUAACCUUUAGUUUAACAAUCACCAUUACUCUAGAUUUUAUUUAUUUAUUGUCAUCUUUCUGGUCUCCACCCACAUGUGUGUAUAGACACGGCAAGUUUAUUACCUCAAGGAAUAGACGGAAAGCCUUGGUUUCACUAAAUACUUCAACAUACAAUGAGUAUUAAAGAACAUAAUUAACUUUUGAAUACAACAAAGUUGUUUGACACAAUAGGUACAAGUUAGCUUCUAGCCAUUCUUCACUUACUUCCUCUUCAAUCUACAGAAAACCGUGGAGCAUAUCUAAAAGCUUACACAAACGAAAGACGUCAGACCGGAUUGUUAUUGUACACAGAACGAAGAAUAGACAUUUUUAUGCUAAUUAGAUACAGACUUACAGUAUCAACAACAGGUGCGAAACACGAAACUCAGUUUAACGAACGGUAGCAUAUGAACGACAGUAUACAGGAAAAUUUGCAGAAAACUGAAAGAUGUAAGCAAUUGAAAAGAUACAACAGAAACCAUGGCCUUCAACCAGCUUUCAGAAAGUUUUAUGGAGAUUCCAUAUGGAUCCCUUAUGAUACCCUCAGAACCAUUUGCUAGGACCAACAACACAACAGUCUACAAGGGUAAAUAUAAGAAAAUUGAUGUCGCAGUAAAAAAUAGCCGAACCUUCAGUAAAAAGGAGUUAACUCACCAUGCAUGCUUAAGCCAUCCCAACAUUGUACAGCUUGUUGGUGCAGUGACGCGAGAUCACAGGAACAUGAUUGUCAUGGAAUUUGCAAAAGAAGGAAGUCUGUCGGAUCGCCUAAGGAGUGGAGAACCAAUACCUGUUAAUCUUGCCUAUUCCUGGUCAAAUGAUGCAGUUGCUGCAAUUCAGUACCUUCAUGAGAACUCCAUCAUACAUCAAGACAUUAAACCAGCGAACUUCCUCGUCUUUCCCACCGGACUAAAAGCUUGUGACUUUGGGUUUGCAAGAGCUCUUGAGGAUGGAACAACAAUUACUUCACAAGUUGGCGGUACAAUGCGGUACAUGCCACCAGAACGGUUUCAGAAAUCACCACUUGUGAGCACAAAGUGCGACAUUUACUCUCUAAUGAUUGUAAUUGUGGAAAUCAUGACAGGUAAACGUCAUUUUGAUGGCAUAAGUGACUAUGAGCUGACACGAAGGAAAUUAGUUCCAUCCCCUCCAACCUCAAUACCUGAUGACUGGCCAGAUGAAUUAAAAACCCUUUGCUAUCUUUGCUGGCAGAACGACCACCGUGAUCGUCCACAUAUCAAUCAAGUAAGAGAAAUUAUGCUUAGUAUUACGAAAGAGCAACAGAGUUUCCACGUUAAGAAGAUGGCAGACAUCAAGAGUACGCAGAUGGCAACAGGUUAUAACCACAAACUUGUAACAAUAUUGACGCAGCCUAGUGAAAACUUUCAACUGGUUGUUAAAGGAACCUCAUAUACUAAGUUUCACAGACGUUGUAAACGUCUUCCGAUAAAGUGCUUGGGAACCGGUUUCCUUGCCCAGAAACAUUUAAUAUCUAAUUCUAGUCUUGGCAAGGCGCAGCUAAUCUGCCAAUAUUCAGGAGGGCUUCUCAUUGCAAAACGUAAAAAGAAUGGCAAUACCAAGAUAACAAGGUUGAACAAUGAUGGCACGGAACUUAAAAAGUUCUAUCUGACAUAUAAAGAUACUAGCAGGACGCAGCAGUAUGUUUCGUCUAUUGCAACAGAUUCCAUGGGUAACAUAUACGCCAUGUGUCGGCAGAUGACUUCUAGCUUAUCAGCAUCUAUGAUUCAAACGCAACGUGCCAGAUUUCAGUUUGGAGAACAGAUGGGAGAGUUAUUAAGAGAAGAAGACAAUGGCUGGUUCUGUCUUAAGUAUAAUUCAGAAGGUAUGUUGGUAAAGAAAAUAUUCACCUCUCAUGGAUUUAGAGAACAGCAUGCAAGACCAAUGCUUAAAAUACACAAGGACAUUAUAUACGUGAAUUCGUGGGUACACACAGGCGUUGUUGAAAAGUUUAAAAUUUAUGGACAGUAUGUUGAAACACUCGCGCUCGGAGGCAUAAAAGAUAUUACAAUUGAUCCUUCAGGAAUAAUUGUCGGCCUCUCGAAUAAGACGGUGGUGCUGUUUGAUGAGCAUGGAAAACUCCUUGAAGAAUUUGAGCACAAGAUUGCAGACACUCCAGUUGUGCAUCAACAUGUCGCCAUUAACCAGAGGCAUGUUCUAGUUGCAAAUAAAAGUAAGACUCAAGUUUUCAAAGUGCUAUAAAAUCUCACUCUGAUCACUACUUCACCCAUAGCAAAAAGCGUCCUGAAGAUCAGUCUAACGAUUUGCAAAAAUGAAUUUGAAAAUGUACCAAAGAUGAAAUUAUGAAUAUCCACAUCAUAAUUUCAACAUAAUGAAGGUACUUCAAAUUACCAAAUUGAUUGACUGUCCAACAUUAAAAUUUUGUUAGUAUAAAAUGUAAGAAUUUAAAAACAGAAGAUAUAACAUUUGUGUAAAUAAAGAUACUUUCGUAACUCUAGUAUAAUUGUUAGGUAGGUGUUUCUUUAUGUCUUAUGAUACAUCCUGGUCUUUGCACAUCCACAGGAUUGGAAGACAACUACAGGUACUUACCAGGCUAAAUCUCUGUAAAAUAUCUACUACGAACAUUUUGCUGCCUAGAGCCCAAAAACCCAAAAUCUUUAAAAUCUAAAGUCAGCUCUAACAUAUUUUUUUUUUGUGCAAAAAUGUCUUCUUUUUUUUUUUUUUUUAAACUUUUCCAGUAGCAGUAUAUAUUAACAUUUGAAAUACCGUCCAGUAUUGGUGUCUGGUACUUAGAACAUACUGUGCUCUUCUAAAUACGAUAUUUAGGCACAAACUUGAUGAAGCCAAACCAGUCACUUGUUGGUUAAAAUAAACUUUUGGUUGGUACCACCUUCACUCUACUGUAUACUAUAUAUGUGACAGGUGGAAAAUGAUUUAAAACAGAAUUGUCAUUAUGAAGUUAAGGGAGUAUCAAUUAAUGAUAUAUUUUUAGAGAACAUUAGAAAUAUCAGCCUUCAAGGUUUAUCAAAGUACUUCAGCUGCAGUGACUAAUGUAAUAGACCUUCAUGCUCAAGUAAUUUUAAAGAAUUAAAAUAGAUUCUGGAAAUUUUGAGCUUUAAAAUUAACUGACUUGUAACUUCCAAGAACUAAUUUCAACAAGUGAAUGGUUUGCCACAUUUGUAUAUUGAAUAAACUAUAAACUUUCAAUCAAACAAGAGAAAAUAUGUCCAUUGAUAGUUUUAUAGUAGCAUAAAGUAUUCUAUUUCAAUACACUUUGUAUUUAAACAAAGAUUUGUACUAGCACUGAAUUUUCAUUUUGUAGUAAGUCAAAACAUAAUGAGUAAACCUGAAUUGUUGAUAAGGGAAUCUGGUCCUUUAAAAAUAAGCAGUUUAAUGUCCUAAUUGAGUAUUUAAUGGCGUUUUUCAGAUUUCACGUAAUGGUACAUUCUUAAAGUAUUUCAAUUGGGGAGAGUGUUCGGAAGAAGGAAGCGUGUUUAGUUUUGGUUAAUAUGUGAUUGCUAGCAGCUAGAAUCUGCAUUUAAAUAUUAACCUGAUUUGAUAAGUUGGCAAAUACAGUGAUUUUAUGACAUUUAAACUUCAAACGCACACUGUUCUACUCUAGUACUUUGAAGAUUUUAUUUUCUGACGUACAUUGGUAUUGUGUUGAAUUCUGGUAACGCCACAAAAUCACUAUUGCAUCACAUCACAAUUAAAAACUAGGCAACUAUUCGUUUAAGAACCUCUUGGAACCUGGAAAUCCAGGAUUCACUUGAUUAAAUACAAAGAUGUCAUUGCCGAUGCUUGAACUUAUAGAUAUCAUUGAUUGACUGACGAAAUGACUGAAUUCAAUUUUGACACAAAGAAACAUUAUAUAGCAUCACACCACAUCUGGUAACUAAGCAAAAAUCAUUUUAUGGUUCCUGGAACUUUAGAAUUUACGUAAAUAAAUACAAAGACGCCCAGACUUUGACAUUUCAAACUUAACUUAUAUUAAUAUUACCUUUAAACCAUUUUAUAUUAAAUACAAGAUUUAAACGGUUUUAUUCUAUAGCUUAUUAACUAAUGCUAUAAUUAAGUCAAUCAUCAUUUUACAUCCAAAAUUAUAUUGCUAUCCCAAAUCGUGCAACAACUUUGUAUAUAAUGUAAUGUUAUUUAUAUAAUAUUGAUAUGACAAGC